AUGGCUCCUCGUUACCAUUCUCCACAAGCUGUUUCUCUUCGUUCCACCUUCAAAGUCCUUCGCACUUAUUAUACAAGAAAGUACAUCGCCAGCCAUCCUGACACGCGAGUUUUCAUAGACGAAACUACUUUCCAUCAUGUAGAAGAGCUCGACGAACUCCUUCACCAUGAUUUAGUCCGUGGAAAUCGUGAUCCGAAAACAUGGAUACCNUUUUUCAUGAUGACCGAGUGA